AUGGCCUGGUUUUUCGGCGCGUCCCCACGGCUGACAGAGGCGAUUCCGCGACGGCAGCAGGUGACCUGCCUCAUCCAGCAGAAGUCAGGGCGCGGGCUGGGCGACAGCUACGCCUCUGAGCGCAUCUGCGACGGCGUCACCUCCAAGGUGAAGGAGUUCUGUGGCCACAAAGACCAUCAAUUUACUGCGAACAUAGUUUACCCGUCGAUGCCUGCUGGCCUUGACAUACAAGACACCGAGUCGCCGGAGCUCCAGGAAUGGAGGACGUCAGUCAAGGACCGCGUCGGCUCCGCUCUGAUCGCUGACACGUACAUCUCGGUCAUCGUCACACCGGAGGAUUUUCUGGCCGAGCUCGCUUGGGAGGCCGUGGCACGGUACCGGCCGGCGUACGACCAGGUCCUAAUCUCUGGUUUUGGGCACACCUCGCUGGGAAAGGAGCACCUGCUUGCGGGGCAUAUGUUUGGGACGAUCGACACGCAGUACCACAAGAAGGGGAGGGGGCUGCAGUUUACCCUCUCGCGGAUCAUCCCAGUCGUCGGCCGCGAACUGAACGGCCUCCCGUCGGAAAUCAGUAAAGAGCUGCUCCCGGGGGAAGACAGCGGGCGCAUCUACAGUGACACCGAGCUGUACGUCGCCGACAUGCAGGGCAAGAUGGUGCAGCGCCUUUUCCGCACGUACGAUAGCCUCGUCCCACCCUCCGGCAGCGACAUCGACGGCUGCAAGGAGUGGACUGGUAGUGAGAGGGAUGCGCCGGACGAGUGCAAGCUGCGCGUUAGGGCCAAGCUGUACGACAUCCAUAUCGCGGACACUGUGAUCGUCGAGGGCAAGCUCGAGGUGUCCUAUUGGCUGAAGCUAAAUUGGCUCGACAGGCGCCUCGCCUGGGAUCCUGAGGUGUACGACGGCCUGAUCACGAUCGACUACACGAAGUACCACGGGCGGAACCUGAAGCUGUACGAGUCGCCGGUCAGCAUCAACUCGUCCGGGCACGUCACACUUGUAGUCAACGACCAGGCGACCUUCCUCUGCGACGACGAUGUGGUGCUCUUCCCAUACGACUCGUCCGAGUGCUCCUUCACGCUGGUCGGCGAGCAGACGGUCACGCACUUUGAUGGCAGCCUCGGCUUUGAGAUCGCCGACCCCGACCGCGACUUCCACACCUACGGCUGGAUAGAGGAGGACGACAUGGAGGACGACUCGGUGAAGCGCUCGCGGGUUCACUUCCGGCUUUGCUACCGGCGCGUCACGAUGGGAUACAAUAUCCGGCUAGUGGUCCCGGCGGUGCUGCUUAACGCCAUCGGGUUCAUGUCCUUUUGGAUCGAUUCGGCGGGCGAGAGUAUAGCGCUUGGCAUCACCUCGCUGCUGUGCAUGCUGGCCCUCCGCCAGUCGGUUCAGCUCCCCGACACGUCCCAAUUCACUUGGGUGGAGCUGUUCCUGCUCUUCAACGUGAUCUUCCAAUCCUUCGUCCUCCUGCUCGGUUUCAUGGACUAUUCGGCGGCGAUCCGGAAUCGCGUGAAGGUGGUGACCGACCCGAUCAACAGUGGCCUGGAGCGGCUGUCCCGAACGGUCAAGCGCGGGAGACUUGCCCUCAAGGCGCCCAAACAGGAGGUCGGCGACGCGCGGGUGGAGUCCGUUGACGACGGCGACGACAAACCACCUGGGCUCAUGGCCACCGGAGCACUGGCCGACGACGAGAAGAAGGAGGAGAAAUCUGCUGCAGACGUGCUUGGCCGGUACCUGAUAGUGCCAAGCUACUUUUUGCUGUUGGCGCUGAUCUGCGCCGACGAGGGGCGCCUCGUCGGGCGGCUGAUGUCCUCGCAAUCAUUGCUCACGUGUCCGACGUCGCUCCCUGAGGAGGGCAAGGAUGGAGCCACGCCGAGAUGGGGCUCGUUUACUGACUACCCUCCACCAUGA